AUGCUUCCUGGAGAGGAGUGCUGUGUCCCAAUGGUCUCGAUGGCUACAGUCGCCGCCACGGCCGCCGACGAAAACGCCUCUGUUGAGAACCGAUUCUGCGAACACCAGCACUGGUUCAAUGACAACGACGCCACUAUCAGCAAUCUGCUCGCCGAGAAGAACCGCCUGCACAAAGCCUAUGUCAACCGCCCUACUGGUCACAACAAAACGACCUACUAUCACAGUCGCCGCAUUUUGCAACAGCGGCUGAGGGAGAUGCAGGACGGCUCCGAAGGCCGAGGAGAUCCAAGGAUACGCGGACCGCAACGAAUGGGAUAA